AUGAAUCAACAUAAAGGCUUAGAUAUAGAAAAAAAAUUGCUAUUAUUUAGUUCUGCUAAAACUACUCCGAACUCAGUCAAUAAAAUACAGUCUAUUCCGAUUUUAAUUAAAGUGCAUUUAUUAAAUGAUAGUUCAGGACCGUUGCUCCAGAUACCUUUGAAAGUUGGCUACAUCAGUGGGGUUGUCUACGUUAAUGGUCAGUCUGUGACUAAUGGGAUAGUAACAAGGCUUCACAUGCAAGUAACUGCAAAUAGUGAAAAAGCUGGUCAUAAGUACCAAUCCAAUGUUCAGAUUCAAGUCAGGAUUUUCGUUAGGCAAUUACCUACAAGUAAUCAAAAUAAGUGUCGCACUGCAGUAGAAGAAGAAGUGGUGGAAGUCGAUUCAUAUUCGCUGACAAAGAGUAUAUUACCUUUAGGUUCAGCAACCAAUAGUCGAACAAGUCUUGCUAUACGACGAUUGUGCUGGACAUCAAAUCCAAUCUACAGUUUGUUAUUGUUAUCGCAAAAUCCAUUUUUAACACUUUGUUCAUUCCAUGUUACUUCAUGGCAGCUUCGAUGUGAGCUUCUGCAGCUAGCUGCUGUAUGCCUUUCGAAAAAGAAAAUGAAUAAAAGCUAUAAAAAUGAUACAAUCCAUUUUUACAUGUCGUUGUCGUCGAGUAUGAUAGACGGACGUGUCCAGAUUGGAGACACCGCUCUGUGUAUCUUUUGCGAUAAAAUUCGUUGA